AUGGGAGGAAACUGGCAUCCCCAGCUUCCACUUCAGCUCACCAACUCGCCCCCCCCCCCAGCUCAACUGGAUGCCGACCCAGCUCCUGAGCCCGUCACACAGCCCCCGGCCUUUCCUGCAGCAGUGGGAGAGCACAGCGGCACCACCCUUUACCGCCCAGUUAGCAAGAAGGCCAACGACCUCGCCACGACCCGCGAAGCCAUCGGAGCCUUCUUCUCCGGUUUCUCGGCCACUCGACACGUCCGUGUCAAUUUUCGGCGCAACUUCGUCGCUGUGGACAUCCAGCCCCUCGCGGAUCCCACAUCCCUGCUCCAGCGCAAGGCCGCCGUCAUCAUCGCCUCCUCGCAUGGCCCCGUGACGCGCCGCCAAGCGCUUGAGAAAGCCAGAACCGCUGUCAACUACAUCGACAAGCGAGGCAGCGCAGAAGUCGUCAAUGGCCGCUCCUUUCGGGAUGCUGUCGCCUCCGGUCGUCCAUCGGCGUCAGUGCCCGCUCCUCGCAAUCCUACCAGUGCGCCUGCUGCAACCACAAGUGCCCCUUCGCCCCCUCCUCUGGACUGCCCCGACUCCGGGGCGGACCCGAUGGACGCGGUUUAUCUCCGCACUUGUAGCAGCUAUCCGCGCAGUGAUGGUGUUCCUGCUCCCUGA